ACCCGCGGCGCCGCGCUCUACCUGGCGCCGCCACUCCGGCACCUGCAGAGGCAGCGCGGAACAUGGCUCCUUGGCCUGAGUUGGAAAACGCUCAGCCCAAUCCCAAUGAGUACAUCGAAGAGGCCGCCGGUCAGCAGCCCCCCACCGAUGACAAAGGCAAAGAGAUCGACAAAAAUGACACCAAGACCCCAGUCACCAAGAUCGAACUUCUGCCAUCCUACUCCACGGCGACGCUGAUAGAGGAGCCCACAGAGGUGGAUGACCCCUGGGACCUGCCUGCGCUUCGGGACACUGGGAUCAAGUGGUCAGAGAGAGACACCAAAGGGAAGAUCAUCUGUGUCUUCCAAGGGAUUGGGAAAUUUCUUUUGCUCCUGGGGUUUCUCUACUUGUUCGUGUGCUCCUUGGAUGUCCUCAGCAGUGCGUUCCAGCUGGUUGGAGGAAAGGUGGCCGGACAGUUCUUUAGCAACAACUCUGUCAUGUCCAACCCUGUGGCGGGGCUGGUGAUUGGGGUGUUGGUGACCGUCCUGGUGCAGAGCUCCAGCACCUCCACGUCCAUCAUCGUCAGCAUGGUGGCCUCCUCGCUGCUGACCGUGCGGGCUGCCAUCCCCAUUAUCAUGGGCGCCAACAUUGGGACCUCGAUCACCAACACCAUCGUGGCGCUCAUGCAGGUGGGAGACCGGAACGAGUUCAGAAGGGCUUUUGCGGGAGCCACCGUCCACGACUUCUUCAACUGGCUCUCCGUGUUCGUGCUCUUGCCCCUGGAGGCUGCCACCCAUUACCUGGAGAUCCUGACCAACCUCGUGGUGGAGACCUUCCACUUCAAGAAUGGAGAAGAUGCCCCAGCGCUUCUGAAAGUCAUCACAGAUCCCUUCACAAAGCUCAUUAUCCAGCUGGAUAAAAAAGUUAUCAACCAAAUUGCAAUGAAUGAUGAAGCAGCCAAAAACAAGAGUCUGAUCAAGAUAUGGUGCAAAACUUUUACCAACGUGACUCAGAUGAAUGUCACUGUCCCUUCACCUGAGAACUGUACCUCCCCUUCGCUCUGUUGGAUGGAUGGUGCCAACACGUGGACCACGAAGAACGUGACCCACACGGAGAACAUCGCUAAAUGCCAGCAUAUCUUUGUGAAUUUCAACCUCCCGGAUUUUGCUGUGGGCAUCAUUCUGCUCAUACUCUCCCUGCUGGUCCUCUGCGGCUGCCUGGUCAUGAUUGUCAAGCUCCUGGGCUCAGUGCUCAAAGGGCAGGUCGCCACUGUCAUCAAGAAGACUCUCAACACUGAUUUCCCCUUUCCCUUUGCCUGGGUGACUGGCUACCUGGCCAUCAUCGUGGGGGCAGGCAUGACCUUCAUCGUGCAGAGCAGCUCUGUGUUCACGUCUGCCAUGACCCCGCUGAUUGGUAUCGGUGUGAUAAGCAUUGAGAGGGCGUAUCCACUCACGCUGGGCUCUAACAUCGGCACCACCACCACCGCCAUCCUGGCUGCCUUGGCCAGCCCAGGCAACACGUUGAGGAGUUCACUCCAGAUCGCGCUGUGCCACUUUUUCUUCAACAUCUCGGGCAUCUUGCUGUGGUACCCCAUCCCGUUCACCCGCCUGCCCAUCCGCCUGGCCAAAGGCCUGGGCAACAUCUCCGCAAAGUACCGCUGGUUCGCCGUCUUCUACCUGAUCUUCUUCUUCUUCCUGACGCCGCUGUCGGUGUUCGGCCUCUCGCUGGCCGGCUGGCCGGUGCUGGUGGGCGUGGGGGUGCCCAUCCUCUUCAUCAUCCUCCUGGUGGUGUGCCUCAGGCUCCUGCAGUCCCGCUGCCCCCGCAUCCUGCCCAAGAAGCUCCAGAACUGGAACUUCCUGCCCCUGUGGAUGCACUCGCUGAAGCCCUGGGACAACCUCGUCUCCGCGGUCACCAGCCUCUGCCAGAGGCGCUGCUGCUGCUGCUGCCGCGUGUGCUGCCGCGUGUGCUGCCUGAUGUGUGGCUGUUGCAAGUGCUGCCGCUGCUGCAAGUGCUGCGAGGACCUGGAGGAGGGGCGGGAGGCGCAGGGCAUCCCCAUCAAGGUCCCCAAGGCCUUUGAUAACAUAGCCAUGAGCAGAGAGGCCCAGGAAGAGGUCAAGGCCCAAGCCAAUGCCCCCGGCCCAAAGGUCCUCUCCAGCAGCACCGCCUUGUAGGGGCGGCCCAGGGGUGGGGGAAGGACCUCGGGUCCCGCAAGCUCUGCUCCCUCCCCAUCUGUGCACCUUCCACCACCUCCAGGAGAUCUGGUCCCCAUUAAGAGGAGUUGGCACCAGUCCCAACUCAUUCCUGUUGGCCCAGUAUAUCAGCCCGCAGGUCAGUUUUAUCUCAGCCUCUAGUCCCUUGGCUUUCCACUCCCAGGAGGGCAGACAAGACUGAAGGAGAAUUAGAAAGCGAACCCGGCUGGACAGAUGAUCACGUCUGCUCCUGCACAUAACUGGGUUGGUUCACAGGACCUGUUUUUCACACUUAAACCACCCUCUUCAGAAAGAAAAGGCCCAAGGGAGGAAUGUAUGGAAGGUUCUCAAAGAUGGAUAUAUGGGUAUGUAUGUGGGUAUGCGCACACAGCUCAGGCAGCUCUCUCUUUUUAUCAAAGUCUGGCUUCAACCAACAGUGGCUGCCCCCAACAUCCUUGCCCCAGAUCGGCCUGGGUUAGGGAACAUAGUGUAAUUGUUUGGAAACUUGGAUACCACAGGUGUGGGCCUUUCUCACUUCCCAGUGCCCUCCAAUUCCCUGUCAGGGUUUCUUACCUGGGCAGGUGUAUUAGUCCAAGCAAUUCACCUGCACUGUCUGUCCUCAGGUUUCCAGGAUAGAAGCCACACCUGAGCUACAGAGAGAGGCUCAGGAUCCACUUUGGCUCACGUGUUGUCUUCCUAAGAGAGAGAAGAUGAUCCUGUUCCUGAGCUGGACAGAUGGAGGACAGGGGCAGGGAACGGUUCGCAUUUGGGGGAGACUGUUAUCUGCCCAAAGAGCCCCAGGUUCUUCUUAAUUUGGCUAAUAUAGAAGCCAUAUUGACUGAGCUUGCUUGGUCAGGUCAGAGUCAUCUUGUCGGAGCUUUUAGGAUAAGAUAUGCAAGUUCUCUAGGCCCCUCCCAGGCACUGCUCACCUGGAAUCGCGGAAGGGUUCCACAUCCCCCUCUGCCUCCUCUCUUUCCCUGCAACACGACUUUCUAGGUCAGACAUAGUGGGCGACUUCCUUCCUUCCCUUCACCCAUCCACUGGAAUCUCUUUCCAAACAUUUUUCUGUUUUCCCGUAGAAGAGCUUUGGCUUUCUGCCCUUUCCAUGCCUGUAAAGCUCCAGACUCUUCUCAGGGGGAGGAAGCCAGGGCCGGUGGCCUGCCCAGGAACCUGCCAGUGUAAUCGGGUGUGCAUGCCUGCGAGUCAAAGGGGUGUGCUUCUGCUCAUCCCAGAUGCCUUCUCUGUGCCUUCUAGAGCCCCCUGUCUUAGUCACACCACUGCUACUGACCCCCAAUCAUCCCAAUUCCCUCCAGCCAGGGCCAGCAGCUUCUACCAUAUCGAGGACAGGGCAGUCAGUGCCACCGUGCUCCAUGACCCCGUCCCUGUCCCCUCUGGCCUCUCUUGCCAGCUUCCCCCAUCUUAACAGGUUGGGACACCAGACUGAGCCCUCCCUGGACAGCCCCCCCAUGUAGAUACCAUUUCCCAAACAGAGCCAUUUAUACUUUAUAUUUAUAGUCACGCACCUGUACAGCAUUUUAUCUAAGUUAUAUAGUAAAUGAUCAGGUGAUUUGUGCUUAUAGUGCUGUCAUUUGGAAAUAAGUCAGGGUUCUUCUAUGAAAUGUAAAGGAAGACCACCUUUGUAUAUUUUGUAAUACUGCCUUUAAAUGCACCUCCGUGGCCAUGCCCUCACCACACGCUCUGUAAAUAUGUAAGUUGAACCUGGGCAGAGGCUGUGGCCAUCUUUGCACUCCGAUGAUUUUUACGAAUUGAAUCCUUGUACUUAUGUUGAUUGUAUUUUUUUACUGGUCAUGGGAAGG